UAGUAAUGUAAUCAAGCGUGCCUAAUGAACAGAGGAAGUAAAAAUUAUUGAAUAAUUUUAUAUAUUUUAUUCAAUUACUUGGAAGAUAUAUCAAGUUUGCAUAUAUGAAGAUGUACUGACAUUUCAACUUCUUGUGUAGAUGAUGGGGGUUUAAAAUAUGACAGGAAACAUUCUUAGCAGUGCCUAACUUAAGGAUACAAUAGUAGGCAUUAUUUCUUUGACAAAUUAUUCAAAAUGGCUACUCAACCAAACAGCCCAUCAGGGCUUCGUAAAGCAAAUGAUGUGUGUAUGAACUUUCUGGACUCCAUUCAAUCUUACAUAGUUGAAGCUGCAUACUUCAUGUUUUUCUUGGCACGUCACAUGUCAUUACCACUCUUUCAGGAAUACGUAAGUUCUGAAACAUAUAAACAAAAACAUUUGAAUCCUAGAGAUGCUGAUAUUGAAGGAAAACCUGUGAAUGAAACUUUGCUGUAUCAUGACGCACAGAGAGAGUCUACAGUUACAAUUCUAAGCCUGCAGAUUGCUGAAGGCUUGCCUGCUGUUGUUGCAGUUAUUAUAUUAGGUGCACUUAGUGACAGGACAGGUCGACGUAAAAUAUUAUUAUGGCUGCCUGCUCUUGGGAGUACGAUAUAUUGUUUGAUAUACAUUCUGAUACAGUAUACAGGCUGGGCUCUGGACGGUCUUUUUAUGGCAUCAGCUGUGAGGGGAUUGAGUGGAAGCAUGACCGCAUUUCUGGCUGGGGGGUCAUACUAUGCUAUAAAUGUUGUCAAGCCUCAUCAGAGAUCAAGUCGACUUGCUCUUCAAGAACUUUUAAAUGGUGCUGCAUAUGCUGUAGCAAAUAUAAUGGCUGGGUUCUGGGUGGCUUCCAGUGAUUAUAGUUUCUUGGAGCCCUUUUGGUUUUGUUUUAUAUGUAGUUUGAUAUCAUUCUUGCUGUCAUUUUUCUUGGUGAAAGAAAUUGAACCAAAUCGAUCACCGAGAAGAGACAUUUCGGGAAAUUGUUGUAUUGACACAUUUGGACCAAUGGGACGUUUUUUCCGAUGUAGAGGCAACAUAAAGCUUGUAAGGAUAUGGUUAGCUAUUCUAGCAUUCCAAACCUAUGCUAUUGUGCACCUUGGUCAGAUUAAUACCUUAGUCUUAUACUUGCUUGGUGAACCAAUGGCAUGGCCAGUCAAUAAAAUAGGUGUGUUUCUAUCAGUCGCAAUGGCAUGUGCUGCUAUGAGCACAGGAAUGGUACCCCCGUUCUUGAGAAACUAUGUUACAGAUGUACACAUUGCCUUUGCUGGAUUCCUGUCAAAAGCUCUUGGCACCUUGUGGAUUACUGUGGUACAUAAUGAUACUGCUAUUUACUUUGGUAUAUUGCUGUUAGUGUGUGAGUUGCUGCCAUUCCCCAUGAUGAGGGCAAUUGUAGCCAAGGACAUUUCACCAUCAGAACAAG